GCUUUAGCUUUUCCACUUUUCCGAGCCAGCGAUCUUCCCGAGAAACUCCGCUGCCUCAAUUUCUAAAUUCUCUCAGACAAUGGAAGAACAUAAAUAUGUUCUCACCUCGGAGCCGAUUAAUGACGCCGAAGACAGCAAUGGUAUAGAAGAAGAUAAAUCAAUUCUCCUCACCUCGGAGCCGAUCAAUGACGCCGAAGACAGCAAUGAUGGCUGGCAGACGGUCACCUAUGCCAAGAAGCGUCGAAAAAAUCAGAAUAAGGAAGCGGCGGUGGAUCCUUCUCAUGCUUUGGCUAAUGGGACCGGCAGCUCCUUCAAGGGUUUGGAGAAGCAUGAGCGCGCCGCCGCCCUUCUUAGCGACGAUGGUGAAAUUCCGGUGAAAUCGGACAAUGAUCGUCGAGGAGACGACGACGACGACGACGACAAUAAUUCCAGCCGUAAUGGCGAUGCUCAUGGUAGUGGCGUGGGUGUGAACAAGAAGAAGAAGAAGAAGGUUAAGAAGCCGAAGGUCACCGUGGCGGAUGCUGCGUCGAAGAUCGACGCUGAUGAUCUCGCCGCUUUUCUAUCUAGUUUAUCGGAAUUGAACGAAGGGCAGCAAGAUCAACAAAUGAUGAAACUUGCGGAUUACUUCGGGCGCGCGUUUUCUGCCGUGAAUGCUUCUCAAUUCCCCUGGCUAAAGUUAUUCAGGGAGUCUUCAGUGGCAAACAUUGCUGAUAUUCCUGUUUCCUACAUAUCAGAAGCUGUUUAUAAAAUUUCAGUUGACUGGAUCAAUCAUCAAUCCGACGAUUCCUUGGAAUCCUUUGUGGCCUGGUCGUUGGAUAGCAUUUUUGCUGACUUGGCUUCUCUACAGUUGAGAUCUAAGGGUUCAAAAAAUGGAGUGCAACCAGCAACUUCAGAGUCUCAGGUUGCUAUCUUUCUAACUCUAGCAAUGGUAUUGCGCCGGAAGCCUGAUGUGCUUGUUAAUCUAUUUCCAAAACUGCGUGAAAACACCAAGUAUAAAGGACAAGAAAAGCUUCUAGUUUUAGUAUGGAUGAUACUGCAGGCAUCACAAGGAGACUUGCCUGUGGGAUUGCAGUUAUGGUCAUGUCAUAUAUUACCGAUGCUUUCAGGAAAAUUGGGGUCAUCAAAUCCACAAACAAGGGACUUGAUUUUGCACAUUUUGGUCACACCAAAAGCCCGUAACGUACUAGUCAGCAAUGCUAUUAGGAAGGGUGAGCGCCUGGUGCCACCUACAGCACUUGACUUACUGCUACACUUUACAUUUCCUCCAUCUUCGAGACGAACCAAGGUCACUGAAAGAUUCGAGGAAAUUUACCCUCUUCUCAAAGAGGUUGCUCUUGCUGGCACUCCUGGAAGCAAAUCCAUGAAACAAGUCUCACUGCAGAUACAGGAUGUAGCUGUGAAAGCAGCUAGGGAAGGUAUCCCUGCACUACAGGAGGAAGCAACGAACAUCUUUAUAUGGUGUUUGGCUCAGAAUCCAGAUUGCUACAAGCAGUGGGACGAGAUGUACAUGGAUAAUAUAAAGGCUAGUGUUGCUGCUUUAAGGAAGCUUUCUGAGAAUUGGGAUGAAUAUUCUUCGAAACUUUUGUCUCUUCAAGCCCUCAAAGACACACUCAAGAGUUUCAGGAAGAAGAAUGCGAGUGCAAUAAGUGGUGAAUUACAUAAUUCUCAACACUCCCUCUUCAAAGAGGCUGAUAAUUACUGCAAGGCAAUGCUCGGAAGGCUGUCCAGCAGCCAUGGUUGGCUGAAAGCUACUGUUCUAUCUGCUGUGGUUUUCGCCGUUACUGCAGCAGUUCUGUCCCCCAACAUUGGCACCUUUGAUUGGGACAAGUUCAACCAUUUGUUCAACCCCUAGCAAUCUUCUGAUGAUCCCAUCAACAUUAGCACCUUUGAUUGGGACAAGUUCUCCCAUAAUACAGUGACUGUGGCUAAAAGUUUUCUCUCCUUGGUGGGCUUUACCAUACUAGGAUCUUCAAUUAAGUUAUUCACAUAUCAAAGAAAGUCUGCUCAAUCAAAUUGAAAUGAUUUACAUUUUUUCUCCUUCCCCUCUUCAAUCUUUGAUGUUGCAACUUGUAUAUACCUUAAUUCUGCCAAAUGCUCACACAAUACAGAUCCACACAACUUUGCCUUUUUUCUUA